UGUGGACAGAGGGAGAGCGCGAGCGUGUUUGAGCGUCUUCCUGCAGGUGGACAUGCUGAGUCCGCGCGUAAAGACGCACUGAAGACGGACUGAGACAAGCUUUCACGCGUUUUUUUUCUCGACCACCGAGAGCAGCAGCCGAAGAUGUUGGCGAGGAAGAGCAUCAUCCCGGAGGAAUUCGGUCUGCCGGGCCUCGCCUCCCGCCUGCCGCGCAAGCCGGUGUUCAGGGACCGCGUGAACAAGGCGCGCUUCAUCGCCAAGAACGGCUCGUGCAACCUCGCUCAGAAGAACAUCCGCGAGCAAGGCAGAUUCCUGCAGGACGUCUUCACCACGCUGGUCGACCUCAAAUGGCGCUUCACGCUGGUCAUCUUCACCACGACGUUUGUCAGCAGUUGGCUGCUGUUCGCCAUGAGCUGGUGGCUGGUGGCGUUUGCGAACGGAGACCUGGGCCCGACGGAGCGGAACGGGACCGUGUGCGUCACCGAUGUCAAAUCGUUCACCUCAGCCUUCCUGUUCUCCAUCGAGGUUCAGGUGACCAUUGGCUUCGGAGGACGUAUGAUAACAGAGCAGUGUCCCACUGCCAUCACUGUCCUCAUCCUGCAGAACAUAGUGGGACUCAUCAUCAAUGCUGUCAUGCUGGGUUGUAUCUUUAUGAAAACGGCUCAGUCGAACCGCCGAGCAGAGACGUUGAUCUUCAGUCGUCACGCCGUGAUCGCUGUCAGAAACAACCGUCUGUGUUUCAUGAUUCGCAUCGGGGAUCUGAGAAAGAGCAUGAUUAUAGGAGCCAUUGUCAGGUUACAGGUGGUGAGGAAGACAACCACACCAGAGGGGGAAGUGAUCCCCAUCCAUCAGAUCGACGUCCAGACAGAGAGCGCGGUGGCCAGCAACAGCCUGUUCCUCCUCGCUCCGCUCAUCAUCUGCCACAUCAUCGACAAAAACAGCCCGCUGUACGACCUGUCGGCCAUGGAGCUGCAGUGCAGCGACCUGGAGGUGAUCGUCAUCCUGGAGGGAGUGGUGGAGACGACGGGGAUCACCACGCAGGCCCGGACCUCCUACAUCUCAGAGGAGAUCCAGUGGGGUCACCGCUUCGUUCCCAUAGUAACGGAGGAGGAGGGCGUGUACUCUGUGGACUACUCCAAGUUUGGCAACACGGUCAAGGUGGCGACACCGCUGUGCAGCGCCAGAGAACUGGACGAGAAGCCAUCCAUCUUAAUUCAAACUCUCCAGAAGAGCGAACUGUCGCACCAGAACUCGCUGAGGAAGCGUAACUCCAUGAGACGCAACAACUCCAUGCGUAAAGGCACAGGAAGCAGCGGCAGCCUGCGCAGGAACAACUCAGGGCUCGCCGCGCCCAAAGUCCAGUUCUUCGCCCCUGCCGAUGGAGGCCAGAACCUGAACGCCGUCACCUGACAUGAGGCCUGCCUCCUGCUGGCUGCCCUGCUCCUCUUGGUGGGACGGAGGAUUGUGGGUGUCGGUGUGUCUCCUGCCCUGAUGGGACUCGUUCUUUUUCUGUUCCCUGCCUUAUCUCGACUUGUCUCCCAACACGUUUACUGCUAAUGUUACUCCAUGGUUACGUGCAUGGAGUGAUCUAGUCCCGUUUCUGAUUGAAGUGUUCAGAUCACGGAUCCCUGCAGUUCAGCUUCACUGUUAAACCAGCAAACACAACAUUUCUCUGCACCUGUAGAAGCUCACAAAGUCUCCCACAGUCACAUGCAGGUGAUAUUUCCUCAAAGCAGAGUCGACUAAAUUCUUUUCAUUUACACCUAAAAACACAACAAAUUCCCCUCAGAGUUUUACAAUCUGUACAACAUGCAGCACUUUGUUUUUUUUUUUUUCUGAAACUCUCAGUUCAGAUAAAGAAAAGUAUCUGCCUCUUCUGGAUGGAAGUGCAGCAUGUUAGCCCUCAUCCAUCCACCCAUCCAUUUUCUAUACUGCUUUAUCUGUACGGGCGAGAGGCGGGGUACGCCCUGGACUGGUCGCCAGUCAAUCGCAGCGUAUUCCAAAAAAACAAAAAGAAAAAAAAAAUCGAUCUUUGGAAAUUAAAUAAUCGACUCAUGGGGUUAUGUGAGCCUUACUCUGCUCUUGGUCUCAGUUUUACUGAGGCAGGUUAUCUGAACGUUAUCAGCAUGUACAGUAAAUGAAGCCAGUGUUACACCACAGUUUUCAUUACAUUUUACAAAACUAUUGCACCUCAGGUGCUUCAUUAUUAAAGCAAUAAAUACAAACGGUUGUUACGCCUGUUUUACCAUCUUGGAGGGAGAUGUACAUCUGAAGUAAUAUUAAGUCACAGUUAAACUACCAGUAGUGAUGAUCAGUCACUGGACAUUUGUAUUUUUCACUUUGGUUUUGUGAUUUGUGGUGUUCGAGAAUAAAUUCACUCACUUCAGUAGUUUUUUUUUUUUUUCAACAAACCAAUUUCUAA